CCCCGUUGGCUGGCUAGUACACGUCAGCAGUCAUUAAGUUGUAUCAGAGUUGUGUCGUCCUCUUCCUGGUCGCGACAGCCCUCCGCUCGGGCGCCGGGAACUCGCGGCCGUGUGGGAAAUGUCUGCGUCGUCCUGCGUGCGGGAGGAAACGCGACCGUGAGAGUCCGUGUGCGGGGAACGUCACGCGACUUCUUUUGAAGUUGAGUCGCGAAGAAGCCCUCUAUCAAAGCGGGUGUAGGAUGCGGGCGCGCGCCAGGAGGUGAAUGAAACCCGUAAUUGUUGACUCCUGGUUGGGUCUGCUGUCGGCGGAGGAGCCAUGAGGCUCCGGCUGCUCAGGAGGAACCUGCUGGCGCUGCUGGCGGUUCUGUUGGUUGUCGCCUCUCUGCUGAUCUCCACGCGCGUGCUGCUGGCUUCUGAGAACGACGCUGUUGACGUCGCAGACAGAAACCAGGACACGCAGUCAGAGGACAGCUUAAAGUUCAGCUUUGGCUCCUCGUCAGACUUGUCUCAGUCCGUUUACAGCGCCAAUUACAAACAAGUGGUUCAAAAUGCAGACACGUUUCCAGGAGAGCCUCGGCUGGUGCUGGUCGUGCAGGUUCACAACAGGCCCGACUACCUCCGGCUGCUCGUCAAGUCCCUGGAGAGAGCUGCUGAGGUCCACAGCUUCCUCCUCAUCUUCAGCCAUGACUACGUUUCAGAGGAAAUGAACGCAAUCGUGCGGGGAAUACGUUUCUGCAAAGUUCUGCAGAUUUACUUCCCUUUCAGCACGCAGCUCUAUCCCAAAGAGUUUCCUGGGCAGGAUCCGAGAGACUGCCCUCGAGACCUUCCCAAAGAAGAUGCUGUGAGAAGCGGGUGCCUCAACGCGGAGCACCCCGACUCCUAUGGGCAUUACAGGGAGGCGUUCAUCACUCAGACCAAACACCACUGGUGGUGGAAGCUGCACUUCGUGUGGGAGCGGGUGCAGGCCAUGCAGGGCUACAGCGGCUUUGCCAUCUUCCUUGAGGAGGACAACUACAUCCUACCAGACUUCUUCCAUUUUUAUAAACUAAUGCUAGAGUUCAAAAAGACCAGCUGCUCGGACUGUGACAUGCUAGCUUUGGGGAACCACAAUGGCCUGAGUGAUUUUAGCAACAUGUCCAACAAAGUGUUGACCUCCGGCUGGUUGUCCACCAAACACAACAUCGGUAUGGCCAUCUCCAGGGAGGUGUACUACAAGCUGAUGGGCUGCAGCAAUGACUUCUGCACCUACGAUGACUACAACUGGGACUGGACUGUGCAGCACCUCUCUGGAACCUGCAUCUCCAAGCCUCUUAAGGUUUUGGUGGCCCAGGGCUCCAGGGUCCUGCACACGGGAGACUGUGGCCUUCAUCAGAAGGACAAGUGCAGACCAGAAUGGGCCUUUAAGAGGGUGGAGGAGAGCCUCCGGAUGGCGAAGGAGGUUCUGUUUCCCCCGUCUCUGGUCCUGAGCGGGUCAGAGCUAGUGGAGCACAGGGCACAUAUGAAGAACGGUGGCUGGGGGGACAUUCGAGACCACGCUCUAUGCAUCAACUAUUCCAAACGUUUGUGAACCAUCUGUUUUUGGGAGAAAAUGGUAAUUAGUUGUCUGCAAACGUGCCAUAAAGAUUCAGGGUUUUGUAGGCGGUACAGUUUUAGUUUGGGUUUAAACGUUUCGUUCACCAAAGCUGCUCUGGUGCCAAAAACACUUUUGUUUUUCUGGUUGGACUUCCUGUUUAAUUUCAUGUGACUGGGUUUGUUUGGGCCAGGGUGAUUAUUAUUAUUAUUGUGAUGAGAUUAGAUUAAAGAUUUACUGACGAGGGACGUCGUGAGGCGACUUUAUUGCAGGUUUUAGUUGUAACCCUAAAAACGACACUGGGCAGUUCUGCUGGGUUUGGUGAAGACGGUUGUGGCUUUCUGAUAUUUGAUAUGAUUUUAAAUGAAAAACUUAAAAUACAGGAUGUAUGAUUCUAAUUUAAUUGCGUUUGUUCUUGGUAUGAUUUUUAAAAACCUUCUUUUACUGUCAUAAUUACCAAAUGUAAGUUUAACUUUCUGUUUUGGACCAAAGGGAUUUUUGACGUGUGUGUGUGUGUGUGUGUGUGUGUGUGUGUGUGUGUGUGUGUGUGUGUGUGUGUGUGUGUGUGUGUGUGUGUGUGUGUGUGUGUGUGUGUGUGUGUGUGUGUGUGUGUGUGUGUGUGUGUGUGUGUGUGUGUGUGUGUGUGUGUGUGUGUGUGUGUGUGUGUGUGUGUGUGUGUGUGCGUGCGUGCUCUCUCGGACAUCAGAACUGACCUUUUGGAACUGAGCCUUGUUCUGAAACAUCAGGUGAAGCUGCUGCUUUUCUGUAUUUGCACCUUUAAUGUUUAUGGAAACGCUCUCUUGGAUGCUACAUCUGACUGAGGAGUGAAUGAACUAUGCUGGGAUUUAAUUUAAGGAAUAAAGAUCUAGUGAUUUGCCUUAAAGCUGACCAGAAGUGCCUCUUUGGUACCCGUCGUUGGGACCUCCUAAACGUGCACUGAUUGUGUUCCCAACUAAGUACUUGCAUAAUAAUCUAAUGAUUAUGGGUCCUGAAUUUAGGACAUUUUCUUUUGAUUAUGGUUGUUUUAUGUCCUUAUGAUUGUUCUUCUAACCUUAAACGUUUAACCUGAUGUGCAUUGUUGAGACUCCAAAAAGAAAAUAAUCAUAAAAUUCCAGUUUGUUUGUGGUUAAAAGCACAUUUUUUGGAUUCAACUAUUUAGAACAUUUUGGUUCAGAAUGAAAAAACAUUUUUUUCCCUUUGAUUGUUCGCUGUUAUGCCACACGGGAAAAUGUUAAACUUUCAUUGUUUCUGUAAAAUAACCAAUAAACAGUUUGACGUUUA